UUCACUCCCAAGACACACAACAUACACAAGCUCACACCAAGAGAGAAGCAAAAAGAAAUGGCGAGGUUUGAGCUUGGUCUCGCCGCGGUGGUGGUUUUGGCCGUGGCGGCCGGUAUCGUGACCGCAGGCGAAAGCAAGGCGCUGGUCAUGGCUGAACAGUCAUGCCAAGGCGACAUGCAGGGGCUGUCGACUCAAUGCAUGCCCUUUAUCCGGAAGGGGACACCGCGAACGCAGCCUUCGCAAGGGUGCUGCGACAUGGUCAAGAACACCGACGUGUCGUGCGUGUGUGAGCACCUGUCCCAUGAGGUCGAGCAGCAGCUCAACAUGGAGAACGUCGUGUAUGUCUCGGGGUACUGCGGGAAGCCGCUCAGCCACGGCAUGCAAUGCGGAGGCUAUACGGUCCCAUGAAGUCGAUGGAUGUUGAAGAGAGCUAGCUCAGACAUGAGGCGACAAACCCUAUAUAGACCAAGAAUAAUCUGUCCGUUUUCGAUGUAACUUUGAGCUAUGCAUUCCAUGUUGCUCAAGGGAAAAGUUAUAGUGAGAAUAAUACAUGGAAAAAUAACGUUCGCCAUGUUUCUGGACAUCUCCAAAUUGUAGAGGAUUAUCCUUUGAUGUGCAUGCAUCUAUGUAUGUUGAAUUUAUAAGCAUGUGUUGGAGAUGCGACUGAAAGCAUUUUAUCUAA